ACAUGGCGGUGAAAGUCGGCGAAAAAUGUGUGUUUCCGUCGAUGUGCUAGACUUUCAUCUAUUUGCCCAUGGUUUAUCCUCUGAAUUACCUUUUUAUUGCAAGUGCUUUUGAAUUAUGAUAUCACAGAGACUUGGAUUACCGAGUUGAGCUGAUACGAGGCGAGAUAUGUCAGACCAUACGAACAAUAUUGAUGAAGYAAGUUCAAGAAACCAUGUUCAUGAUCAUGACGUUGUGAAUGAGAACAAAACAGAGUCUACUGACAGCUUUAAAACGAGUUCACAUAUCACACUGGACGAGAGCAACGUACCUCUGCUAGUUAAAAAGGUUGCAGACUUGAAUGGUAUGUCGUUACAAACGAACCGCGACAAAUGCAUAGCACCGAAUUCUGAAAACGAGCCUGUAGAACAGGAACCGUCGUCAACUGAAAAUGCAGAGGGAGUAAAGCAAACUGAGAACGUUUUAGCGGAAUCUGUUGAUUCCUUACAAACGUCGUCAAGUGACGAGGACAUAAAGUAUGUUGGAUAUGAGUCAGAACUUCAGAUGGGCGCAAUAAUGGCCUUGAUUACUAAGGAUCUAUCAGAGCCCUACUCUAUUUAUACAUAUCGGUAUUUUAUCCACAACUGGCCGAAUCUUUGUUUUCUGGCCAUGCACAAAGGCCAUUGUGUUGGAGCAAUAGUGUGUAAACUUGAUGUGCACAAAAACAUGGUUCACAGAGGUUACAUAGCAAUGUUAGCUGUUGAAAAGGAAUUUAGAAGACAUAAAAUUGGUACGAAGCUGGUUAAAAAGGCAAUAAAAGCCAUGAUAGCAGAUAACUGUGAUGAGGUUGUCUUGGAAACUGAAAUCACCAACAAAGCUGCCCUUCGUUUGUAUGAGAAGCUUGGGUUUGUCCGUGACAAACGCUUGUUUCGCUACUAUCUUAAUGGAGUUGAUGCCUUGAGAUUGAAAUUAUGGUUAAGAUAGAAAGCAAAGCCACAACCAUCUGGUGUCAGCCAUUCUUGAUCACAAGGAUUGCCAAGCACAGUUGUAUCUUUGCAUACAGCUUUUCUUGCAUUCACUAAAGUACUAACUUCAAAUUUAUGCAGCUUUGAUACCAUUUCAUUCAACUGCUGCAAAAUGGUUGCUAUGCACAAUGGUUGCUAUGCAAAAUGGCUGUUAUACGUGUGCAGAACUCUGUCAUCUACAGGGGUUGAUACAGAAGAAGCUUUUUAGGGUGCAUUCUCCUUGCACUAGACUUUAGAAAUAUAUUUUUCAUGUCAGUUUUAUGAUUUCCCUUAGGUUUUUCAGUUUAGUGUUUACAAAUAACUAGUGACUAAAACUUCAUAGUCUCCCUGUUUACCAAAAUCAACCAAAACAAUUCCUCUUGAAAGCUUUUUCAUUCUCCAUAUGACAAACAACGCAGCAGGCAAAUUGUACAUUGUGUCCAAAUCUUAGUAUCUAAGUAUGACAUUGCGUUUCGUUCUUGCCCUCUCUUUUUAUAUUUUAACUUUACUUAAUAUACCUAACGCAAUAUAAUUUUGAAUCACUACCAUGAUAGGAUUAACCUGAACUUUGGCUAACCUUAAUCUAGAUGAUUUAACCAGUCAAUUGUUUUAUAAUAUUUAAUAUUAGUCAGAUUAACAUAUUAGUGUGUUUUUUUUUUGCUAUAGCCCAUGUAGAGACACAGACGGAUAAGACUUUAAUCCAUGACACAACUAGCUUAGACUUGUACUCACUUCUCAACUAAACACAACCAGACUAUAUCACUUUCCCUCCCUAUCCCUUCACAGUGUUGAGAUGAUCAGCUUUUGAGUGAGGGGUGUACUUUAUACCAAAACAAUAUUGAGAUAGGGGGGUGUGGGGUAAGAGUAAGUGGGGAUCUAUUAAUUGAAAGGUUUGCAAAUGUUAAUAGUAGUGUGAUAAAUAAUGAGGGGAGUCUCAGCAGUUUUGGAGCAGAUUGUGGGUUGGGGGAGGCAGUAGGAAGAUGAAAAGAGAAUACCUUCUUCUCUUUUCUCUUCUUUUCUUUUUGCCAUUCCCAACCCAUUCUGCUUCUUAGUGGCUCUAUAGACCCCUUGCAGCAUGUAUGUUGGAAUGCAGUUCAAUUUGGAGGACACAAUAGGUUUCCAUUCUCAUGAGAUUGAAAUUCUCUGGUUUGGUUUUCCAAAUAGAGCUGCUUUGACAUCACAUGCAAGGAGUCUAUACAGACUUUACUUUGAGAAAUUGUAAGUAACUGUCUUUUUUUUUCAUAAAUAACAAUUUUAUUUUAAUUGUAAUUUAUCUCUUGGGCCAUUCCAAAAGACAUUGGGGUCAAUGGUUAUUAAAAUUGAAAUAUUGUGAAUCAUGAAUUUAUUUUGCUAGAUUUCUAUGUUAAAGCAAUAGGAUAUUUUUGGUGAUGCAAAGCUUUGGCAUUGCCCAGUCUCGCCCUCCCCUCCCAUAGUUCCAUUCUUUUCACCACUACACAAGCAAGCUCUAAAUGUCCAAAAUUGGUUCCAAGUCAAAUUUGGACUUCAUAUUAACAACUAAGCUGAACUAACUUGACUUAAACCAAUUAUUAGCUUUGCAGUAGGAUCAUUCAAGCAGUUUUGAAAGUCAUUAUUUUAAGCUCAGGAUUGUCUACUAUCUUGGGGGUUUUUGCAAGAUUUGGCCCAAUACCCAUUUAUUUUAUUUUCUUAUAAUGUCUAUCAAAGGGCGUAUUUGUAAUCUAUUCGUGAAAGGUUAAUUGAUGAUUUUUGAUUUCCUAAAUAUAAUAUCAGAGUGGUUUUACUUGGUGGGUGAAACAUAUUUAAGUAACCUGUAUGAUAAAUUAGUGAGUAACUAAAAAGUCCAGGUAAAACAAAAGAAAACAAUAGAAUUGGAGUCUACUACCAAGUAUUAUGCUUAUUACUAUCUUUUCAUUGCCAAGUAAAACCAAUCGACUAAAUAAAAAAUGUCAAACUUGAAUUGUCAUAUUUAAGAAAAUCUGUCAUAAAUUGUCAAGAGACUCCUACAUUCAUGCAAAAUAAAGGUUAUCAAGCAAU